CACCUCUGCGUUAAACUAUUCUCAAUUACUCCAACUUUACUCUCCCCGCAAGACUCAGCACCCCACACAAACCAACUGCGUAUAUAUUAUAUAAAGAAAGUUCUGAGAAAAAGCAAAUUAAGCCCACAGAGAUGGCAGCCACCGCUGGUCAAGUGAUUGUUUGUAAAGCUGCCGUGGCAUGGGAAGCUGGGAAACCCCUGGUGCUGGAAGAUGUGGAGGUGGCUCCGCCACAGAAGAUGGAGGUCCGCAUCAAGAUCCUCUAUACCUCUCUCUGCCACACCGACGUCUACUUCUGGGAAGCCAAGGGGCAGAAUCCUGUGUUUCCUCGAAUCCUCGGCCACGAGGCAGGAGGGAUUGUGGAGAGUGUUGGAGAGGGAGUGACGGAUCUUGCACCGGGGGACCAUGUGCUUCCGGUGUUCACAGGGGAAUGCAAAGAAUGCGCCCACUGCAAGUCAGAGGAAAGCAACAUGUGUGAUCUGCUUAGGAUCAACACCGACAGAGGGGUCAUGCUCCAUGAUGCCAAAUCAAGGUUUUCCAUCAGCGGCAAGCCCAUUUACCACUUUCUUGGAACCUCCACUUUCAGUGAAUACACCGUUAUUCAUGUCGGUUGCGUUGCCAAGAUCAACCCCCUUGCUCCUCUUGACAAAGUCUGCAUUAUGAGCUGUGGAUUCUGCACAGGAUUUGGGGCCACCGUGAAUGUUGCCAAGCCAAAAAGGGGCUCCUCUGUGGCUAUUUUCGGAUUGGGAGCUGUGGGCCUUGCGGCUGCGGAAGGAGCUAGAGUUUCUGGGGCUUCAAGGAUCAUCGGUGUUGACAUCAAUCCCAGCAGAUUUGAACAAGCAAAGAAGUUCGGCGUGACAGAGUUCGUGAACCCCAAAGACCAUAAGAAACCUGUUCAAGAGGUGAUUGCUGAGAUUACCGAUGGAGGAGUCGACAGAAGCGUCGAAUGCACCGGAAACGUCGAUGCCAUGAUCUCAGCAUUCGAAUGCGUCCAUGAUGGCUGGGGCGUUGCUGUUCUUGUGGGUGUACCCCACAAAGAGGCCGUUUUCAAGACACACCCAGUGAACUUCCUCAACGAGAGGACCCUAAAGGGGACCUUCUUCGGCAACUUCAAGCCUCUCUCGGACCUUCCUGGUGUUGUGGAAAAAUACAUGAACAAGGAGCUGGAAUUGGAGAAGUUCAUCACGCAUGAGGUGCCAUUCUCGGAGAUCAACAAGGCCUUCGAUUACAUGCUUAAAGGGGAAAGCCUUCGAUGCAUCAUCCGAAUGGAAUAAUAGAGUGGUAGCUCAAGUUGGUCAUAUCCGAGGAUGUAGUGGAGUUGCAUCCUCCGUAAACUGAUGAAUAAACUGAUGAAUAAGAGUUGUUACCCAGAUGGUCUGUGCUUGUUAUGUUGGUAUAUGCUUUACGUUUCUGUCAAAAAUCUUGGUUUUAAUAUCCGUACUCUUGGAUUUGUUGAGCCAAUUGAACAAGCUUUGAUCUUCAGACACUUAAUAUUGUUGGGUUUUGUUUAAAUAUAAUAAAUAAUUUAUUUGACUAGAAA